UUUGAUUAUUUAUUUAAUUAGGAAAUAAGAAUAAUGAUAUCGGCUGAGAAAGAAGAGAGGUGAAUUGGUUCCAACUCCAUUUCAGAGUAAAGAAAGCAAAGUUAUGUUGCAAUGCAUUUUUCUUCUCUCCGAUUCCGGGGAAGUGAUGCUGGAAAAACAGCUUACUGGACACUGGGUUGAUAGAGCAAUAUGUUCCUGGUUUUGGGAUCAGUCAAUUGCUCAAGGUGAUUCCUUCAAGCAUUUACCGGUGAUUGCUUCACCAACGCAUUACCUUUUCCAAGUUAAUCGUGAAGGAGUUACCUUCUUGGCGUGCACCCAAGUGGAAAUGCCACCUUUAAUGGCAAUUGAGUUCUUGUGCAGAGUAGCUGAUGUCCUGUCAGAAUAUCUUGGAGGGUUGAAUGAAGAUUUGAUAAAGGAUAAUUUUGUGAUUGUAUAUGAGGAAGCUUGGAAAGAUGCUAACCAGGCUAAGUUAAACCUUUUAAAAACCAUCAAACUUUUGGAUGAGAUGAUAGACAAUGGUUUCCCUCUUACUACAGAACCUAAUAUACUAAGGGAAAUGAUAGCUCCUCCAAAUAUCGUAAGCAAAGUAUUGAGUGUUGUGACUGGUAACACUUCCAACAUGAGCAACACACUUCCAGGUGCAACAGGAUCUUGUGUUCCUUGGAGAAAAACAGACCUGAAGCAUUCAAGCAAUGAAAUUUAUGUUGAUUUAGUUGAAGAAAUGGAUGCUACUAUAAAUAGAGACGGGGUUCUGGUGAAAUGUGAGAUCUAUGGUGAAGUUCAAGUGAAUUCUCAUCUUUCUGGUCUUCCUGAUCUUACCCUUUCAUUUGCAAAUACUUCCAUCCUGAAUGAUGUAAGAUUCCAUCCUUGUGUUCGACUACGACCAUGGGAAUCAAACCAAAUUCUGUCUUUUGUUCCUCCUGAUGGACAAUUCAAGCUCAUGAGCUACAGAAUAAAGAAGUUGAAGAGCACCCCUAUAUAUGUAAAGCCACAAAUUACUUCAGACUCAGGGACAUGUCGUAUUAGCUUGUUAGUUGGGAUACGCAAUGAUCCUGGGAAGGCAAUUGAUGAUAUAAACGUUCAAUUUCAACUACCCCCUCGCGUUUUAUCUGCAGAUCUUACAUCAAAUUAUGGAACAGUAAACAUCCUUUCCAACAAGACAUGCACUUGGUCCAUUGGUAGGAUGCCCAAAGACAAAACUCCUUCAAUGACUGGAACAUUAGUGUUGGAAACAGGAGUUGAGCGGCUUCAUGUAUUCCCUACGUUUCUUGUGGGAUUUAAAAUUUUGGGUGUUGCACUCUCAGGUUUGAAAAUAGAAAAACUUGAUUUCAAGAAUCUACCUACCCGACCAUAUAAAGGAUUUCGAGCUCUAACCAGGUCUGGGCAAUAUGAAGUCAGGUCAUAAUUAAAUUUCAGAGCUUUGAUGUUGAUUGAGACUGUUGAAGAGUUCUCUGUAUGAUAGAAUCUUAUUCUUACAUGAUCUUUUAUCCAAUGUGAAAAAAAUCAGACUAUUUCAGAAAGAUUUUUCAUCAAAAUAACACUGAUGAAGCAAUGUUUUGAAUUGAUCAUUGCUUCAUAAGCUCUGUAACCCUGAUACAGCGAUGUGGAUUUUUUUGCUUUGCUUGUGUUCAAUAUUCCCAUUACUUUUAAACCUAACUUUGUACAUGUGGAAAAGGCAAGUUGGAUCAUUUGGACUCCUCUUUCCUCUCCUUUUUUGGUGCCAAUAAUGUGAUAAUAUUGGAGCUAGCAGGAUUAUUUGGAA